GUAGUUUGUUCCGGCAGGCGCACUUUGUCCCAAAACUGUACGCAAGUGUUUUGUGGCAAUUUCUUCUUUUGCCAAAGUAAUAACAAAAAAAAAGGAGAACUCUUAUUUGAGUUCUGUGUUUCCAAUUAGCUCGUUCAUUAGAUCUUUCCUUCAAAUCCUAUUAUCUAAAUGGACACAUGGUUGGAUUACAUUUAUCCAUUCUUUUCCUUAAUCAUCAUUUGUUUCCCCGUUUGAUCAUUCUGAGACGAGAAAAACCAGUUAUUGCGAUUGGAUUCCUUCAAGAUGGAAUUUUGCUGCUUAACCAACGACUUAAGCUAACUUGAUGGCAAAUGGUUCCCACUUCCCACAAUCCCCAAUCCCCCGAAGAGAAGGUCGGUAAAUGGGAUUUCAAAACUUUUAAUUGUUCGGUGAUGAAUAAAGCGUGAAGAAGUCAUGCCGCAAUGGAUUGAAUAUGAACCAGGCAAAUUGUUCGUUAGGACCAGGCAAACACUAGGAAUGGCAGGCAUAAUUACUGACAUGAGAGAGGGAGGAAAAGAGAGGUGGGAUGAAAGAAGAGGAGAUGGGUGGCAAGCGGUGGAGAUUAAUGAUAGAGGGAGGAGAUAUCUAAUGUUCCUAAAAUACCUCUGUUUAAUUGGUUAAUAAGGAGUUUGAUCGAUUUUUCUGGUUGUGCCGUCGUAAAAAUCCUUAAUUGAAACCAUAAUAUAAGUUUAGGGAUCAAAUUGGCCGAAAACAAAAAUUAGGGAUUAAAUCGACAUUAAAAAAAAGUUUAGGGACGAAUUUGACCAUUUUCCCAAACAGCAAUCUAAAGGAGAACUUAAAUAGGCACAGUAGACAAGAGUGUAGACCUUGUUGAAGCGGGAAAAUAAGAACCAGCUUUUGUUGACAGACGAAGAAACAGAGAUGGCGCCAUUGCUGCAGACCUCGCAGCCCUGGGUUGAGAAAUAUCGACCGAAGCAAGUGAAGGAUGUAGCGCACCAAGACGAGGUCGUUCGAGUCCUAACCAACACUCUUGAGACUGCCAAUGCCUGAACUCUAUAAAUCAAGAGUAUUGGAGCUAAAUGCUAGUGAUGACCGUGGAAUUAAUGUCGUUCGAACUAAAAUAAAAGAUUUUGCUGCAGUUGCUGUUGGUUCUGGUCGUCAAGGAGGCUAUCCUUGUCCCCCUUACAAGAUCAUAAUCCUUGAUGAGGCAGAUUCAAUGACUGAAGAUGCUCAGAAUGCCCUACGACGUACUAUGGAAACAUACUCAAAAGUUACAAGAUUUUUCUUCAUUUGUAAUUACAUCAGCAGGAUUAUUGAACCACUCGCUUCUAGAUGCGCUAAGUUCAGAUUCAAGCCACUAACGGAAGAUAUUAUGAGCAACAGAAUCCUCUACAUUUGCCAAGAGGAAGGCCUUAGUCUUGAUUCAGAUGCUCUUGCAACAUUAAGUUCUAUAUCACAAGGAGAUCUCCGUAGGGCUAUAACAUACUUACAGAGUGCUGCUCGCUUGUUUGGAUCUUCUAUUUCAUCCAGAGACUUAAUUAGUGUUUCUGGGGUUAUUCCUGAGGAUGUUGUUCAGGCUCUCUAUUCAGCUUGCAGAAGUGGUAAUUUUGACCUUGCAGACAAGGAAGUCAAGAAUGUAAUAGCUGAAGGAUAUCCAGUUUCUCAGAUGCUAUCUCAGUUGUUUGAUUUAGUUGUUGAGGCAGAUGACAUAUCAGAUGAACAGAAGGCAAGAAUAUGCAAGAAAUUGGGUGAAGCAGAUAAGUGUCUUGUUGAUGGAGCAGAUGAAUAUUUGCAGCUGCUGGAUGUGGCCAGCAAAACGAUGCAAGCACUUUGUAACCUGCCACAAGAAUUAUGUUAUGAGAGUUAGGUAUGAGAAUUAGAUGGCUAAGACAUUUCGAUCUGCUAGGCUCAUUUUAAAUUAUGUGGUGCCCUUUUCUGUUUUCCAGUUUUUGUCUAAAAUAUUUGGUGUCAUUAACUUUACUAAUGAUGGUUUUGCUGCUCUUUGUUAUCUGUAACCCUAUGGCUUGCUUAAUAUAGUCCUCUUUAAUACUCUUGUGCAUUA